AUGACAUUUGAUUUCAGCGCCGGCCAGGCAGGAGAGGCUGCUUUGCUGGAACAGCUCGGGUACGACCCACGGGAACGAUACGCAACCUUCACCACCACCGGAGUCUCACAAAAUUCGAUACCCGCCGCCGCGUCGACCGCCAUGGUCCAGCAGCACAGCCGCCAGAGCCCCUCGGGGAACUGGCAGAUGCCUCUAGACAUGGCCACCGCCGCCGCCGCCGGCGUGUCUCCCGUCUCAAUGCACUCCCCCAACACCCACACCGUCGCCGCCUCGUCACCGGAAGAGCAACAGGCACAAUCGCCCAUCGGGCAGUCUCCUAUAGGGCAUCACAGCUCGACCGCUUCCAGCCCGCAUCAGCAGCAGCUGUCGCCCCAGGCCCCCUACACCACGGCUGCUCUCCCCCACGCACCGUCCCUUAUCGCAGAUUGGACUUUCCAGCAACAGCAGAUGCAGCCUCAGCCGCAGGAUCUGUCCCAGUUCAUCCAGGACUCGUCCGCCAUGAUCAGCUUCAACCCCUUCCUGGCGAACCUACAACCCUCGCCCAUCGGCUAUCUUCCUGCGAGCACGCAAGCUGCUCUGGGUGCCAGCAUGCAGCAGACGGAUCCCACCACCUUUCAGAUGUCACCUGUCGAGGAAGGCGCCCAGCCGAUGCCGUGGGAUAUGAGCACCACCAACAUGAGCACAGGCAUGGCCAACUGGCAGGAUUUUGAGGCGGCUAUGCAUAUGCCGGCCGAUGGUCUCCCCAGAGUGGGCAGCAUGGGCAGCAAUUCCCCCACCGGCACUUACCUCGAGGUCUUGUCUCUGGGUUCUGGAAGCGAUAAUGGAUGGGCCAUGGUUGAUAUGUAUCACCCCAACUUCGACUCGUUCUCCCAGACGCAGCAGGCCCAGAAUGUCUUCAACCCCGGACAGACGCUCCACUUGCGAACCAACUCCGACUCGUCUCAGUCAGAUGGCACUUCGUUAGAGUUCGGCAGUUACGAAGAGGUCCCGUUCCCCUACUCGCCAUUCUCGCCUGGAUCCGACUCGUAUGCCGAGAACUCCAACAACAACCACCGCAAUUGCUUCCAUGGAGACAGCCACCACCAUCAUUCACAUGACCUAAUCAGCCCUGCCGCCGCCGCCACCCCUGUCCCCAUCAAGACCACGCCCAGCAGUCGAUCGAGCCCGUCCAGUGGCUCUGGGGUCGGCUCUAUCAAUGGCCAGACUUCUUCUGUCUCUCCCCCAGCGAGGAAAACCACGGCUCCCAGGAAGAGCCCCAUCGCCAAGCCAAGCCAAGCCAAGGCGGUCAUUCGAAGGACAUCGAACGGCAAGAAAGACGGCAGUGGUGAGAAGAAGGUGGGCAGGCGCAGGGGGCCUCUGCUGCCCGAGCAGCGGAAGCAGGCUAGCGAGAUCAGGAAGCUGCGGGCCUGCUUGCGAUGCAAGUUCCUCAAGAAGACCUGUGACAAGGGUGAGCCUUGCGCUGGGUGCCAGCCUUCUCAUGCUCGUCUCUGGCAAGUGCCAUGUACCCGUAUCGACAUCAAGGAUAUUGGCUUCUUCAUGAAGGACUGGAAGGCCGACUACGAGCGCCAUCUUGAUCGUGGUGUCUCCGUUUACAACGUCAAAGGCUUUGCCCAGAAGGAGACACUCAUGUGGAUCACGCACGGCUAUGGUUUCUGCCUUCCCGUCAUGGUUCGUGAGGUCUUUGUUGCGGAUGAGAGCUGCUUCCAGGUCGAUUGGGUUGAGUCCCAUCUUGAAGACCAGGAGCCGAUAGACUUCGAGAUAAGAACCGAGAAGCUGGACGUCGGUCGGGAUGGUGUGUCCAUGGAGGCUUUGUCCGAAUACCUCGACAAGCACAUCGACCAGUCGUUCGAGACCUUCAUCGACGACCACUUUGAGGGCACGCCGUUCAUCACCGAGAUCCUCAAGACUGCCCAUCGCUUCUACGUAAAAGAGAGGAUGCCAGUCAUCCGCAAAGCACUGAAGCUUGUGUUGGCCUACAACCUCACACUGCACAUCACCAUGGUGGAGCAGCAAGGCUCCGAGGAGCAGUUGGAUGGCACGAUCGACGACGAGGACUCUAAGUACUUCGGCAAGGUUGUCGCACCUGUCAUGAUCAACUUCCAGAUCAAGUGUGCCAUGGCCGACAUGUGGCGCGAGCUGCAGAAGGACAUCCUGGAGGAGCUCUCGGCGCUCUACUCUAGUGUCUACAGCGGAGACCGCCUGAAGAACUGGCCGACGAUCUUCAUGCUGGCGUCGAUCCUCCUGGCUGUCUGGGAGGAGAUGCAGUUCGACUGCCACUACCGCGUCCCUGACCCCGUCGCCGUCAACAAGUUCUGCAGCGACAUGGAGACGAUCCCCGUCGGCGUCAUCGUCGGCCUCUUCCACGCCAUCUCCCAGAAGCUGCCCGCCUUCACCGAGUGGGACACGCGGAGGCACGGCCAGCUGCUCAACAACAACCCGGCAGUCUGUGAAGCCAUGACUGAAGUUCGACAGCAUGUUAUGAAGCAUGAGGCAUACCUGAGGACACGGCCAGACACCAAGUUCGACAGGGAUGAUUUCGACUCGUUGUCGAACAAGUUCCUGUCCAAGUUGGUCAUUCGCUCCAACUAA